AUGGCUCGAGGACCAAAGAAACACUUAAAGCGUUUAAACGCUCCCAAAGCAUGGAUGUUGGAUAAGCUCGGCGGAGUUUACGCUCCGCGACCAUCAACUGGUCCUCACAAGUUGCGUGAGUGCUUGCCGUUGGUUAUCUUCUUAAGAAACCGUCUUAAGUACGCACUCACUGGCAGCGAGGUAAUGAAGAUUGUUAAGCAGCGUCUUAUCAAGGUGGACGGAAAAGUGCGCACGGAUCCCACCUAUCCUGCUGGAUUCAUGGAUGUGGUUUCAAUUGAAAAAACCAAUGAACUGUUCAGGUUAAUCUAUGAUGUAAAAGGACGAUUCACCAUCCACAGGAUCACCCCAGAGGAAGCUAAGUACAAGCUGUGCAAAGUGAAGCAGACCGGCACCGGCCCCAAGGGAGUGCCGUACAUCGUGACGCACGACGGCAGAACCAUCCGCUACCCCGACCCUCUGAUCAAAGUGAACGACUCCAUCCAGUUGGACAUCGCCACCACCAAAAUCAUGGAUUACAUCAAGUUCGAGUCCGGCAACCUCUGCAUGAUCACGGGCGGAAGGAACUUGGGGCGAGUCGGCACCAUCGUGUCGCGAGAGAGACAUCCCGGAUCCUUCGAUAUCGUUCACAUCAAGGACUCCACGGGACACACUUUUGCCACCAGAAUGAACAACGUGUUCAUCAUCGGCAAAGGCACGAAGGCCUACAUCUCCCUUCCUCGAGGCAAAGGAAUCCGCCUCACCAUCGCCGAGGAACGGGACAAGAGGAUCGCAGCCAAAGUGGCGCAUCACUAG